AGUCAUCCACCCAACCCAGUGUGUACGAAAAUGAAAUCAACGAAAUUAGUCUAUAAAUCUAAUCUUUUGCAAAUUAUCUUAUUAUCAACUUUGGUACCUAUUGCCAAUAUUUAAUGGUAGCUACUUAAUAGUUGUUACGUGCCGUAACAAUGUCCAGACGCGGCCGUGUGUGUGUCCAUUAUUAUAGCAAUAUUUCCUAUUCAAACUUCUUCAUCAGUGUAUAAUGUUUGUUGUUAUGACUUUUCAUGUUUCCUAGUGACAAUGGAUAGUAGCAGUGUUAAUAGUGAUAAAAAAGAUAAUGGAAACUCUCAGAAAAAAGAAUUACCAUCAAAUUUGCAAAAAAUAUGCCUAGUGUGUGGCGAUAAAGCACUCGGUUAUAAUUUUAAUGCUAUCUCUUGUGAGAGCUGUAAAGCGUUUUUCAGGCGUAAUGCUUUAGCGAGUAAAGAAUUCAAAUGUCCUUUUACCAAUAACUGUGAAAUUACCGUAGUCACGAGAAGAUUCUGUCAGAAAUGUCGAUUAGAAAAGUGCCUCUCAAUAGGAAUGGUUAAGGAGUUCAUCAUGUCUGAAGAAGAUAAGGCAGAGAAACGGAGGAAAAUAGAAGAGAACAGAGCUAGAAAGCGAAAUCUUUGUGAUCGUGAUCUAGAUGAUGCAGUGUCAAGUUCUAAAAACUUGAAACGGGAUGAUGAAAUAAGCAAUAGUAAUUAUUUACCGCCUGUUCAAGAUUCUGUUAUUCAGUAUGAUGCGCUUAACAGUACAACCUGUAGUCCAAGUAGUACUGUACAGAGUCCGUUAAGUACAGACUUAGAGUCAACAAUGCAUCCCUCCCCUGCAUACUUUCCACCAAUACAAAAUACAGAAAUGUCAUAUACUAUGAAAGUAUACCCCAUGGAUGAGAAAAGUGUGAUCAAUAGGACUUUAUAUGAGCAACGCAUGUUGGACACAUAUCAGACAUAUGACAUGGACAGUAAUAUGUAUACAGAAUCACCUAAACAAAAUAGUAUUAGGUCUUUACUGACAAAUGGUGAUGCUACAGUCUAUAAAGAACAAAAGCCUCAGCAUGUUUGUGAAGAAAUCCCGUCCACUAGCAAUAAUCCAGACAUCAACAAGGCUAGAGAUAUUUUACAAGAUGUUGAAAGGAUAGAGCCCAACUCUAUGGAGUCAAUAUUGUGUGAGGCAAUAAAACUAGAAUUUGAAGCAUACACCUCAGUUAAUCAAUGUAGCGGCUCCUCCAGAGAACUGAAUGAGGUAGAACGCGCGAAACUAAACGAGUUGAUUGUUGCAAAUAAGACGUUGCACGCACCUAUUGAUGACGACUUAUCGCAGCUUAUAGGCGAUGCAAGCUCCGCCGGACUCAAGGAAAGCGAUGGCAAACAUGAUCCAAGACUGAUAAAAAUAGUGAAUCUGACGGCUGUUGCGAUACGACGGUUCAUCAAAAUGGCCAAGAAGAUUAAUGCAUUCAAGAAUAUGUGCGAAGAGGAUCAGGUCGCUUUAUUAAAAGGAGGUUGCAUAGAAAUGAUGGUGUUGAGGAGUACGAUGAAUUACGAUGGCCAAAGAAAACAAUGGAAGGUUCCCCACUCGCAAGAAAAGUUCGGUAGCAUACAAACUGAUCUCUUAAAACUAGCCAAAGGCAAUAUAUACAGGACGUACGAGUCAUUUAUACGAUCAUUCGACCACCGGUGGCGGUUGGACGAACACGUCAUACUAAUCAUGUCCGCUAUAUUACUGUUCACGCCUGAUCGCGCCAAAGUUGUUCACCGUGACGUUAUCAAGUUGGAACAGAAUUCCUAUUACUAUCUACUGCGAAGAUACCUUGAGAGUGUGUAUCCUGGUUGCGAAGCAAAGUCCACAUUUCUCAAACUCAUACAGAAGAUCUUGGAGCUAAGAAAGUUAUCUGAAGAAGUCACUGGAGUAUACCUUGAUGUAAAUCCUAUAGAACCCUUACUUAUGGAAAUAUUCGAUUUGAAGCACCAUGCUGCUUGAGGGUAGGUGAUAAUCCACAAUCUUACGUAUUUGUUGCCAAAUAGAAUUCAUAUUGUUUAAUUCUAAUUUACGGGAUAAAAUCCUAAAAUGACCGAGCACUUGAUGUUUAUUCAUAUUUAAAAUGAUUGAAAUCUCUUUUGUUAAAAAUGUGUCAGUUCCACCAAACAGGUUUAAUAAGCUUUAUUUCUUUAUUUUAUUACCAUUCUUUACUUAUUUUAUUAUAUUACUUAUCAAACAUUAGACAGUUUAUUGUUCUUUUUUGUACAAUUACUCCUUUAUUUAUAAAAACAAAUCAAUUUUAGGUUUCAUGUUUUGUCUCUUUUUUAUUGAGCUAAAUACAUGAAAGAAAAUGAUAGAACACUAAUGUGUUCUUACACUUAUUACUUUUUGUCUGAGUAAAUCGGUUGAAAUUUUCUUAUAGUAUUUGGACUUUGUUUCUUUGCGCUAGAGGACAAUUUUGUUUGUUCCUGAUAUUGUAUAUAAUUUUAGAUUGUAGUCUAUUAUAAUGUUACUCAUAUUAUUUUUUAUCUAUAUUUAAAAAUGUAAUUCAUAUUAUCUGUGGUAAAAAAUAUAUUUUUGAGUAAAAUGAAAUGGAAAUAAAGUUAAUUGUAUAAAGAUGCACCUAUGGGUAGUUUUUGGAUAUACAGGGUCUGUUAAAGCUUACUGAUUUAUUAUAUUCUGAUGAUUUCUAUAGAUCUAUUCAAAACUAAAAUAAAGAAAAAAAUUUCUAACAUAUCAUUUAUAUGAAAGUGUUUUAUAAUUAAAAAUAAGUUUUGCUUGAUUUGAAAAUGGGAACAUUUUAACAUUUCGAAUGAUUUUACUCAUGAUAAAGUUUAUAAUUUUGACUACCUCUGUAAUAUAACAGUAAGCUUAGAAUACAUGAAGACAGAUUCGCAUGAUUUAAUUCUUGAUUCAGACAAUUUAAUAAACCUUUCAAAACGGGCUCUAGACCCAAUAUUUUAUACUGUACUCCCAAAUAUUCACGUGUCAGCAUAAAGCAUUUUAGUUUGAGGUCAUACCUGUUUAAUACUAAACUAGUAGCCUGUCAUUACGUCAACGUUAACUAAUAUGACGCCAUUGUACUAUGUAUGUUUGACGUCAUUAUGUAUAUAUUGUCGUAAACAAAAAUACCGUAUAACCCUCGGUUGUGCACGCGUUCAUGUACUACAACUUCUAAUUGUAAUAUAGUAAAGAAAUAUAUAUCUACAUUGUGCCAAAAUGUACAUAUAAAUGUAAUACAGACAUUAAUGUAAUCCGAUAUAUUAAAGCUAUAGGAUAACAUUUCCCUCCCCUUUGCGCCGUCCCUACUGAAUUAGAAGUGUAACGUAAUAGGCACCUGUCAAACUAUACUACAGUGGAACCUGGUUAAGGGAGACAUUAAGGGACCUGUAAAUUUGUUUCACUUCUAGAGGUUUCACUUACCCAGUGUCUCAGAUAUCUAAGUAUAAAUAAAUAUCUGUCUCAUUUACAAAGGGUUCCAUUAAUUCAUCGCGUGUCUUCCUCCCACUUUCAUAAGCGGAUAUUAACUUCAAUUUUUAUAAUAAUAAUAUUUUUAUUUGCUAUGAUUUUGGGUAUAAAAGAUUACAUUAUUUUCACGUACUGAUAUCGAUUUGUGCCUUCAUUUCAGCAUUUUAUAAGUAAACAUCUGUAUGAUAGUAAAGCAAAACUAAAACUGAAGGUCAUUGAGGCUCAAAAUUAAGUGCGGAAUUUGCAGGUACAAUAAGAAUAAGUAAGUAACAAAUUUAAAUGCAAAAAAGCCCAAGUGAUAAAUUGAUGUUGACUCAGUUACAGAGGUUAAUCUAUAUAAAAUUCAUUUGCUGCCUCAGUUAUAGAGGUAAUUAUGGCUAUAAAAUCGAAAGAACGAAUCUCAGAUAUAGAGGUUUGCUAAGUCCCACUAACAGAGGUAAUUCAGUGCCAAAGUGUUUGGACCUGAGCAUGAGUUACAAUUGUGGAGGUUUCUUAUCAAGAUCCCACUUACCAAGUUUCACUGUAUCAGCCUAUAAGUCGACAUAUUUUUUAUCAUACACCUUCGUGCUAAUUAACGAAACCUGCUUAACUGUUGUGUCGAUUUACCCUUAUACAUGUCCUAUAAGUUCUAUAUGUAAGCUCCAGUUUACAUUACUAAGUGUAAACUGUUAUAGUUAUUAUUAUUAAUGUUGAAUAGCUGUCGCAAGCCAUACAGAAUUACAAGUGUUUAUGUCCCUACUAAUGAUGUAUUUUCUAGUCCUAAUCCAUGAGAAUGUCUCGUGUAUGUCACGAAGACAACUGUUCGAUCGACAUACAGUUUGUCGCUGUAAUGAUACUAUUCGAAUUAUGAGUAGUAGCAUUCUAUUCAUAAAAUACUCGUAUUUCAGUUCCAUUUACUAUAACACUUGAAGCAUAUUAGUAAUGUAAACUUACCUUUUAAGGCCUUACUUAUCAGAACUUACUAGUAUAAGUAGAGCGAAGAGCAUUAUAAUGCUUAGAAUAGAAUAUUUGAAUUUAUUUUUAAACGUCACAUCAGGCACGAUAGUGGAAACACUUCUAGCAUAUUUAAAAUUGGGUACUAGAAAAAUUUUAUAGCUAAAGGCUAAAAGAGUUAGCGUCUAGUUAUACUCAUAUAAAAUAAAAUAAAAACUCGACUACAUCACAAUUAUAUAAUUUACAUCACAUUAUAUACAUUACUAUUUUUUAUAGCUAUGUUUGCAUACAAAUUUAUUUAUAUUUUUCUAUAGAAUACUUUUCUUUACAGAAGUAUUUGUUCAACAAUUUACAACGUGCCUGUAAUAUUGGCGUAUUGUUAACGUAUAAAUUAUUAUAUUGUUAUUAAUAUAAUUUUAUUGUACUUUGAAAUCUUUAUAUAUAGCUAAACACGGCCAUUAUGUCAUAGACCUACUGGCAGGACAAUGAGAGUUACUUGUUUCUCUGGCUAUUUAUUAUUAAAAAAAAAAUGCUCACGACUAAUAAUCCUCAGUGAGGUAGUAAGGGGUGUUAGUUAACUGUUGCUUUUAUAGUGAAUGUGACACGUUUCAUUUUUUGUUAUAUUCUGUAUGAGGAUAGUAGUAGAUGUAAGGUCAUUAGCGAGUUUCGGCACUUUGUACUUUGCCUACUCCAUAUACGUUACAAAAACACCUGGCAUGAAAAACGUCUCCCUCGACGUUCUAAUAUUAAGACUACGAGAAAGCAACUGCAUAGUUACUACGAAGAGGUAUAAAAACCCUAAUUCUACCUACAGUAUUUGUGAAAUUAAAUAUCUUUUAAACAAGAUCGCCACAUGAUCUAUUUAGAAUGAAAAUGUUGGAAUAAUAAAUAUCGUAUUAUAAUUGUUAUGGAGAGAGCCGUACCCAGCAAUGGAAUGUCCUUUGGAGAUAUUUCUUUUUAUUUUUCCUUUUUAAAAGGCCGGCAGCACACCUGCAAUGUCGCUGGUGUUGUGGGUGAUCAUGGGCGGCGGUAGUCACUUACCAUCAGAUGAGCCGCAUGCUCAUUUGCCUCCUGUGUUGUAAAAAAAAAAUUAUAUUUUUUUUUAUGCAACUUAGAAUGGCAAACAAGCUGACGGCCCACCUGAUGGAAAGUGGUAACCGUUGCCUAUAGACAUGAGCAGUACCAUGGACAAAGGAGUAUACUGUUUUACCCAUGAUACCCCCCAUGCGUUGCCAUUCCUGAGGACUCAGGUGUUACUCCUCUGUACCCAGUAAAUUCACUUCAUAUACUAUUAUUGGAUGUCAAAUUGUUAUUUAUACCUUCAUUUCACUUUAUAAUGUAUAAAGUACAGUUGGUACCUACAGGACCCACAAACUCCAGUAUGAUAUGGAGCAUUUGUCUUUCACACACUUCUUUUUUCCUAAAGUACCAAUUUCAUGUGAUAGGUCUAAUAAAAAGUCUUUUGGGUAUUUUCUAAAAAUGUGAACAUUAUGUUUUUAUUGAAUGAAUUAUUGUUAUAAGAGAAACAAAAUAUUUUUAUAUAGAUGUUUAAUUAUUAUCGUUUAAAAUAAGUGCAAUAAAUUAAUGUAUUCUAAUUCUAUAAGAAUAUAUUACCUAUAAUUGGUUAA